AUGGCGGAAACAGCAGCAGCACUGUUCAAGGAAAUUGCUCCAGCACAUCGCACUCCACAUUCUAAAGUUACCGUGGUUGGUGUUGGCCAAGUUGGCAUGGCUUGCGCUUUUAGCAUCAUGCAAAAGAAUAUCGUUAGCGAACUAUGCUUGGUUGAUGUCGUGGCAGACAAGUUAAAGGGAGAAAUGAUGGAUUUGCAACACGGAGUCCCAUUUAUGAGUCCAUGUAUUAUCCGUGCCUCCGUCGAUUAUGACAUCACCAAGGGUUCGAAGCUUUGUGUAGUGACAGCUGGUGUUCGUCAGCGUGAAGGCGAAAGUCGUCUUUCGUUAGUACAGCGUAACGUAGAAAUUUUCAAGGGCAUCAUUCCUAAACUGGUUGAAAAUUCUCCGGAUACUCUGCUGUUGAUUGUCGCCAAUCCAGUCGAUGUGCUCACCUAUGUUGCGUGGAAACUUUCCGGACUACCACAACAUCGUGUAUUCGGUAGUGGAACAAACCUUGAUUCCGCUCGUUUCCGUUUUUCGCUUUCCGAGAAACUCGAAAUUGCACCAACUAGCUGUCAUGGAUGGAUUAUCGGUGAACAUGGCGAUUCAAGCGUUCCUGUUUGGUCUGGCGUUAAUGUGGCAGGUGUUGCAUUGCGCGAUGUGAAACCAGACAUUGGCAAGAGCGCUGAUUCAGACAAAUGGCAAGAAAAAGUCCACAAAGAAGUCGUUUCAGCUGCUUACGAGAUCAUCAAGUUGAAAGGUUAUACUUCCUGGGCUAUUGGCAUGUCUACAGCUGCCAUUACCGCGACUGCUCUUCGUAAUACGCGUUCUGUUUGUGCUCUUUCGAUCAACGUUAAGGGUUUGCAUGGCAUCGACAAAGACGUUUACCUAUCGCUUCCAGUCGUUCUUGGUGAGAAGGGCAUCACUCAUAUCGUAAAGCAGAAUCUGAAUGAAACUGAGAUAAAGCAGCUUCAGCAAUCUGCUGCACAGUUAUACGAAGUGCAAUGCGGUAUUCAAGGUCUUUAA